AUGGCACCAAGAGCCGCCAGAGCUGCGGCCGUCACCAAGACGGCCACUGCCACGACUAAGAAGUCGACUACCACUGCCGCUGCUGCGAAGAAGGAUGCGAAGCCUACAAAAGCUGCCGCCAAGAAGGCCGAGCCUGCUACAAAUGGCAAGAAGCGCACUCGCGCAGAGGAGUCUGAAGUAGAGGAAGAGUCGGAAGAGGAGGCCCCCAAGACAAAGAAGACCAAGACCACAGAACGCGUCGUCAAGCCCGCUGCUAAGCCCUCAGCAAAGGCAAAGGCCGCCACCCAAUCCGCUGCAUCCAAGGCCGCCGCUGCCUCAAAGGCCAAGGCCAAGUCUGAGGAGCCUGAGGAGAAGAAGCCCGCUGCUCGAAAGCCCGGUCGUCCUGCUAGCACCACCAAGGCCGAGCCCAAGAAGAAGUCCGCUUUCCCCAGCAUUGGAAAGAAGAUCAACGAUGCCCCUACCAAAAUUCUCGAUGUUUACGUCUUUGGUGAAGGUUCAUCGGGUGAGCUUGGCCUCGGCAGCAAGCGCGUUAACAACAAGAAGCCCAUCGACGUCAAGCGCCCCCGACUCAAUGAUAACCUCGCCGCUGCCUCUACCGGUGUUGUUCAGAUCUCUUGCGGUGGUAUGCACGCUGUUGCGUUGACACACGAUAACAAGAUCUUGACAUGGGGCGUCAAUGACCAGGGCGCUCUUGGACGAGACACCAACUGGGACGGCGGUCUUCGCGAUAUGGACAAGGCCGAAGACUCCGAUUCGGAAGACGAGGACGACACUGGUAUCAACCCCAAGGAGAGCACACCGACUGCCGUUUCCGAUGAGCACUUUGCUCCUGGCACCAAGUUCGUUCAGGUCGUUGCUAGUGACAGCGCCAGCUUCACCCUUACCGAGGACGGUCGCGUUUACGGCUGGGGAACUUUCCGAUCCAGCGACGGUAUUCUUGGCUUCUCAGAGACCAUCAAGGUUCAGUCCACUCCUCUCCUGAUCAAGGACCUCAAGAACAUCAAGGCUCUCUCCGCCGGUUCAAACCACAUUCUCGCUCUCGACCACAAGGGCAACGUUGUCGCAUGGGGUUGCGGUCAGCAGAACCAACUCGGCCGACGUAUCAUCGAGCGCAACAAGAUGUCCUCUCUCAUUCCCCAAGGUGUCGGUCUGCCCCGAGGAAAGAUUGCCAAGAUUGCUUGCGGUUCAUACCACAGCUUUGCCAUUGACAAGGAAGGUCAAGUCUACGGCUGGGGUCUCAACAACUUUGGCGAGAUUGGUGUUGAGUCAAAUGCUGGCGAGGACGACGCUGUCAUCCUCCGUCCCGCCAAGCUUACAUACCUCGACGACUUCAACAUUACUGAGAUUGACGGUGGCGAGCACCACUCCCUUGCUUGCUCUGACAAGGGCGACCUUUUGACAUGGGGACGUGUUGACGGUUACCAAGUCGGUUUCGAGUUUGACAAGCUGUCUGAGGAGAACGCUAUCUACGACGAGCGUGGCAACGCCCGUAUUCUUUUCAAGCCUACUGUCCAGCCUGAAGCCAAGGACAUCGUCUCCGUCGCCGCCGGUACCGAUAACAACUUCGCCAUCGCCUCCGACGGCAAGGUCUACUCUUGGGGCUUUUCCAGCAACUACCAGACCGGCCAAGGCACGAUCGACGACAUCCACACUCCCACAUUGAUCGACAACACCGCCAUCCGCGGCAAGAAGAUCAUUGGUGCAGGAGCCGGUGGUCAAUACUCCGUCCUCAUCGGCGAGGCUGAAGAUGUGCCCUCCACAAACGGCGCCAAGACCAACGGCGAGGCUUAA